AUGGAAUUUCAUUUUGUCGCUUCUAAGAAAAAUAUCGCGACUUUUGUAAAGCAUUCUCACGGAAUUGAAAUUCAUCAAGAAAGAGAAAAACCUCGCUUGCUAAAGCCUAACAACCCGUAUCAUUUUGAUGAGAAAAUAGUUUUCUCUAUGCGGUGGAUAAACAUCUUAUUUUCAUCGGCUCAAAAAUUCAAUGAAGUGUUUAAUAGACCCAACAAUGUUGAGAAGUCCAUUAAUAAUCAACCUUCAACUGAUGUUUUGAACCACAUAUUAAUUCGAAUGAUCAUUACAAACAUGAAAGCUAAUAAUUUUCUGUUUAUUUAUCGACAUUUAAGCAAUUUAGAAAGCUGA